AGAGUAGCUAACCUGCUAGCUGUUGUAUUGGCCCAGAAAACUGGUAACAAGUUAUACUUGUAGGUCAUUAUUAUUAGUAAGGUGAGCCGAAAUGUUUAAUUUUCUCGGACUUCGGAAAGACUCAUCGAAGAAGUCACAGUCUGAGAAGGAAGCAGAUGGAUUCGUUAUUAUCGGGGAGACUGCUGAGGAGCGGAAACACAAAGUCAACAGCGCCAGCACUGUACAGCCAGCAACCAAUGUUAUUGUACAACCAGCAAAGUCGUCUAGCGCAAGACAGAGUCUGGCUGUUGAGGCUGCCCAGUCUGCUCCAGUUACCCCAGCUGCUAUGCCCCCUCCAGGGGCCCCGAGUGCAGAUGUAAGCCUGGCUCUCCCAGAGCUUCUUGGGGACGUUCCCUUCACCUUAGCACCACAUAUUCUUGCAAUGCAAGCAGGGCUGCCGUUCAUCCCAGAUCUGGUCCUGCCACGAGAUAUCAAUGACAACUUGGCCAAUUUCCGGUAUGACUUCACUCUAGAGAACUCGGUGCUCUCCAACUCUUGAUCCAUCGCCUGCUGGUAACGUCAAAUCCCUUCUGCGCAGUAUCAUCUCAGAGUGAAGAUGUCUGUCGGCUGUAAAUGAAAGAUCAAUUGUACGGUAGCGAUCGACCGAAAACGACCUAUGUUUCGUGCUGUAGAGACGUGAAUAUGCCAAAGGCCGACAUUUCAGAUGUUUACCAGUUAACUCAGGACAGUACGGCACUCGCUUUGGCUAUGUAAGAUGACUGUCCCUGCUGUAUUUGUGAAACACUUUUAUUUAUGUCAUGUCAGAUUAAGAAUAGUACUCCUUUUGCUCAUCAGUACAUUUUGUGCCAUGUAUCUCCAUUUUACGUCACACUUUCAAAUCAUAGUGCUUUUCCAUUACUUUCAAGUUCUGUGUCUUGCACAAUUUUGUUGCUCAAGCAGCAACUUGCUGUUGUUCACUUUCUGUAGACUUUGAUUUGAGCUCAGAGCUUCAGUAUAUUCUCCCAGUGUAAUUGGCUCUGGGACUG